CGGGUUAAGCUCCGGACCCCGGCCCGUUCACGAAUCGUGGGAUUUCGCAUCCAGUUCCAGUUCCGCCUUCGAACAUUUUCUUCGAGAACUUGAACCAACCAACUCUUGUCACCCUCGUCGCCCUUCAGCGCCAUCCAUCCGCCAACACGACCGGGCACGAUCUUGUUUUUCCUUAUAUCGUAUUUGCGUAAAGUUUUUCAAGAUGUCGGUCUGGGACGCCUUCACCGGCCGGAAAUCGUCCAAACAGAAUGCGGAAGCCCAACAAGCAGAGCCUGCGCCUGCCAGUGGAGGCUUUGCGCAAGCAUCCUUGGAUCCUCACGCCCCGACAGAUGUAUCAUCCUUCCUCGGUAGCGCCUCCCUUCCAGAUGCCUCGAAACUCCAUCCUCUCGCCGGCCUGAAUCAACAGACUCUUGACUAUUUGACGUUAGACGAGUCGCAACUAUCGGAGCUUCCAGGCUCGAGGUCAAUAUUACCUUCGCGCGGUUGGUCAGACGACUUAUGUUACGGCACUGGAGUCGUCUAUCUCACAGCUUUGACGACCGGUGGAUUAUGGGGUCUGAUAGAAGGCCUGAAUCGAACACCUGCAUCCGCGCCCCCCAAGCUGCGGUUGAACAGCGUGUUGAACAGCAUCACAAGAAGAGGGCCUUUCCUCGGCAAUUCGGCCGGCGUGGUUGCAAUGAUGUACAACGGAAUCAACUCGACCAUCGGGUACUACAGAGGGAAGCAUGAUGCUGCAAACAGCAUCCUCGCUGGCACGCUGAGCGGCAUGAUCUUCAAGUGCACGAGAGGGCUGAAACCAAUGGCCAUCUCUGGUGCCAUUGUUGGUUCGAUUGCAGGAGCCUGGGCGCUGACUCGCAAAAUUCUGUUCGAGCCUCCUGAGGAGCAGACUUCUUCUGCCGCCAGCCUUUAAUUGAACACGUGAAUCAGCAGAGCAUGCGGCUAAAGAUCGAUGAGAUUAGCGGCGGGUGAUCUGUUUACAUCCUCUGUAUAAAACUGCGACUUCUUUCGUGUAUUUUCCUUGGGGACACGAAAGACGACCAUUCGACCCUUUGAUGUGUCUAAUAAAUGAUCCUCACUCUGGAUGCGGGCGAGCAUAGCGGGCUUGGCUUGGGAACAAGCACAUGGCGUUCAGGAAUGGAGGCUGUAUGAUAGAGCUUUCGACGACUCAGAUCAGGACUCUGUGGCAUGGAAUGCUUGCGACCCCUCGAGGAAAGAGGAAGGCCAGGCGGGCGGGUUCGACGGCAUUCGUCAGGCAGUGACAGAAGUUCAGGCGUGUCUGGUUCCUUCCCGAGAAGUUAUAUCACACCUUCAAGUUGUUUUCGCGCAUUUCAAGUUGGCGAUACAGCAGUUGAUUAAAAGGCAGGUGGUGCCAAACUGGGAUUCUUCUUCUAUCAAACUGUGUUGAGUCUUUUCCCUUCCGCGACAUCCUUCUUCGAAUUCCCACUGCGUGCUCCGAUUCUUCUUGCGCCUUUUUGAUCUUGACAAAGAAACAAAAGUUUUCUCAGUCGUACCACAGAUCCACCGAACAGUUUCUCGCUAAAGCAUAGUCCUUCGCCAGGCCUUUGCAGCAAGAGCUUCAAUAAGUUUAAUAUCCACAACUCCUUUGGUUGACUCAUCCUCAAUGGCUUCCACCACAGCGUCUGCAACCAGGUCUGCUUUCAAGGGCUUUUCCACCGCCGCGCCAAAAAUGGAGGUCAAACUGCCUCCAAGCAUGCUGUUGACUGUGCUCCCGACCAUGCCAGAAGCGGCGAUCGGCAGAGUAAACUUUCGGCUACUAUCAUAUAAAAACCCCGGGCGGAAGAAGAUAUUUCUCAGCUUGUCCAUCUUGCUCGCAAUUAUGUUCUCUGCCUCUCGCUUUGUCGUGAUGUAUCGGCUGGGGAGGAUCGGUGCUCCAGCGGCCGC